AUGCCUGAAAAAGUUAAAUUUGUACUGUCUCUCUCCGGUUGGCGGAAGAUGGCGGAAAGUGAGAAGUCGUCUGAAAAUUCGUCUCUUAAAAAGAAUGAAAAAAAGAACAUCAUACUGUGCCUACACUGUAAAAAAAAAGUUGUGAACGUAGUGAAGUGCAAAAAGUGUAAUAACUCGUUUCAUCCUGCUUGUCUGGAGCAGGCAGGCGAGUUGAAAAAUACCAAUUGUAUGCACGAAUCAAGCAAGGUUAGAAGAGAGAGUGUAAACAUGCUGCUCUGUGAAGAUUCAACGGAGUUGGAUGUUCUAAGAACGCUGGUGAAAGAACUGCAAAGCAAAAAUCGAAUCGCGGAAGAAAACAGUCAACUUUUGAGAGAAAAGGUGCAUUUCCUUGAAGAUAGAGUUGAUUACCUAAACAAAAAGGUCCAACAAUACGAAAAUAUCAAACAUCCAUCGGAUUCAGUGACAUCUAACGAGGAACCUCGCAAAAUCCAUAAUGCGGUUGCAAACAACGAAAUCGUAAUUCUGGAAAAUCUUAGUGCUGAACCAGUUGACGACAGUGGCGCGCUGCCUGCGGCCAACUCCCCUGUCAUCGUGAAUUCAGAAGAAGACAAAUGGGUAGAGGUUAGAAACCGAAAUAAAAAUAAAAUCUCGGUCAGAAACAGACCUGUUGAUAAAUCCAGUCGACCUGAACCUUUGAGAGGCUCCAAUGUAAAUAUAUGCAGCCUUAGACCAGCAUCCAGAGUAUCAUCUUUGUUUUUAUCUGGCCUGGCACCAGAAGUUACCAGCGAAAGCGUGAAAAAUUUUCUGAAAGAAAACAACUUUAAUGAAUACACCUGCGAAAAAAUGAAAACCAAGAAAGAAAAGUACUGCAGCUCAUUUCGACUUACUGUUCCUCAUGAUGACAUUGAUAAAUAUUUAUGUCCGGAUCUGUGGCCAAGGGGCAUCCUAAUAAACCAUUUUCGGAACCUGCAGCGCCAAAAUAUGGUAAAGGAAAACCUAAACAGCAGGAAGUAA